AAGGAUUUCCUAUUGGUCUGGAACCGACGUAGAGAUUACACUGGAAGAUUGUCGGAGUUCUUGAAACCCUCGAGAAAAUUUAUGAUCGUAAAUUCCAGGGCUCAGAAAUUCGAAACACCAUUUCAUGAUCUGAGAUAGAGAUACAGCCACAGUCUCAAUAAUCCUGUUGUUAUUAAAAUAUUACUUCGCAUCCGUAAUAUUCUUUGUUCUUAAAUAUAACUACACAUUAUUUUGUAAAACGUAUAAAACAGGUUCGAGUACAACGAUAGUCAGCAAAUAGCUAAACGGUACAGUCAGCACGAAUAGAAUUGUCAUAACUAGUCGAAUAGAAUCCCUGGGACGAGUCGCAGCAAUUAUUCAAACAUUGCGUCGCCGAUCAUUUUAAAAUCAUGAAUAUCUUGUCGCACUCGCGUUUCAAACAAUUGACGCUCUCAGGAGAUAGGGUGGGGGAGUGGUGUUACACAGAAAGAGAGAGGGAAGCGAAACGCAGGCGCCCCGAUACGGAAAAGCUUGGCGCGCUGAUCAGAUCACAGACCGUGAAAAGUUUUCCGGGAAGACGCGUUGGAAGGAAGUUCUAUCAUUCUGAGGGCAGCGGAACAUCGUAUAACAUCAUCACCAAUUGUCCUUAGUGGUCAACCGAAUGUUUGUCUCAGUUAUUGUUCACUCGCCUCAAUCGGCCGUGUUAUCGAUGCCUGCCCGCUUGUGACCACGUGUACUGAAUACACGAAAGUAAUUUAGCCUCAUAAAGGACAGUAAAAGUCAUACGUUUCCUCAGUGAUGACUGAAACCGCGCGAACGGAAGCCAUAACAUCGGUAACCUUCGACAACCUUGUACUAAAACAGUGGUUGUACUACAUCGGUCCCGUUCGCCGUUCCGAACUACUGAAAAAGUUGAAGGCUGACCUACAGGACCUGGGUCUCUCUAGGAGACUGGUACAUCGAGGUUUGAUUCAGUUGGCGACAAAACCGCGCGUAGUUCUUACGCGCGAGCCGACUGCAAGGCGGUAUGGACCAAGAAGAUUAUAUGUAAAUGAAAAUGAAGACAAAUCCAGCAAAGUUACAGAUAGGUGUACAACUGAUAUUGAAGUCGGUGAAUGUCAUUUACAACCGGCACCCGAAUUUGUACAUGAAUCAGUCACAAUAGACACUGUUGGUGAAAAAAAGUACAAACAAAAUGAAAAGGUGGAUGCUAUAAGAUCCUACAAAACUGUUUCAGAGAGCUGCUCACAGACAUUUAAAGCAGCAAAUACUCAAUCAACAUUACAAUCUUUUGAUAAAGCUUUAGAACAAUUAGAUAUGAUUAAUUUCGCCAAAAGGAGCGUAAUUGAGAAAUCAAUAAAUAAGAAGACCUGUGUAUCUCCGGAUACCACUAUGAAAACACAAGACUGCAUUCAUAAUAGGACAUUGCUUUCAAAUAGGGAGUCUUUGUGCAUUAAAGCUAAAAAUUUGAACACACAUAUUCAAAAAGAUGUUAAGUACGCAUUGAAAAAGGCUAUUUGCUCGAAAUCUAAUGAAGCAUUGUUAAAUAGCAUGUUAACGCAAAAUAAGAAAAAUCCUACAAAAGAAAAUUUAAGUUCGAAUUCCAAUAAAAUAGAUACGGAUAUUAAGAUAGACUAUAAAUCUAGUAAAGUUAAACAUUCCACAGAGAAAAAUGUUGAAAGUAAAACAAUGUCAAACAUUGUUUCACAGAAAGAUAGCACUAGCCAUACCGAUGUACAUCUAAGUACAUCUAAGAGUUACCAGAAAAGAAAAUCACUUGACCCCUUCAGUGGUGACGUAGUAGAGAAAAAAAAACUGAUCCUUUCACGAAGUAACAUUUCUGGAUUAAUUGACAAGAGAAAAUGGAAAAAGUUGAAGAAAUUUCGAAAAUAUUUUGGAAACUGUAUGUCUGUUAGCGAAGAUGAACAAGAACAAACUAUUUUGCAUAGGUACUGUAAAAAUAAAAAGAAUUUGAUUGACUCAUGCGAUUCUGGAGUGUGUUUUAGUGACGGAAGCGUAACUGCUAAUUUUGAAGAAAAGUCGAAACAAACUGGAAGUGUACCUGAUUCAACAAUGCAAGAAGAAUUUAAUGAAGACACAUCUAAGAAGAAUCUUGUGGAGGCUGACAAUAUACACCAGGAAGAAGAUGAUAGGAAUGAAACUAUUACAAGCGCCAAUGAAACCGAAAAUACAACAAUAAAUAUCAUUAUAUCUGGAUCCAAUAAUUCAGAAGCUGAGAUAACUAAAGCAAGCACUCAAUCCAAUACGGACAAAACAACUGAAGAAACAACUUCCACGGAGAACGCUAAAGAAACACUUCAAUGGAUAGAGGCAUCUGAAGCUGACAGUUCUUCAAUAGACACUGAGAUAAUGAUGAGUCCAGGAGUUUGUUAUACUUUCAAAACAGAACAUGGAGAAUACGAUAUACAAAAUCUUUCAACUACAGAUUUUUCUGAUAUCCAAGAAGAUAAUUUAAAUAGCGAUUUUAACGAACUUCUACAAAUGACCUUUGACAGUACUUGCCAAAUCAAGUCGAAUGGAAAUGUAGUUAGUAUUCAAGAAAAUGUUACCAAAGAUUUAAAUCAAAUUAUCGUUAAGGAUGAUAUUGAUUUGUCAUCUAGUGAUGAAAACUGGAAUUUAGAAACAUUUGCAGAACGAGAAUUGGAUAGUAAAGGAGAUCAAGAAAAUGAUGAUAUACCUUUACGCGGGACAGUAAUAUCGAUCAAUUCGAAAAUGACUAUUAAGGCUGAGAAUGAGUUAGUAAAUGAUACUAUGUGUAGUAUGUUAGACAAUGUAAAUGAAACUGCAUCGCAAAAAUCUGAAUUGGAAAGAACAGUAAAAAAGAAGGAAAGUCAAUCCAAUCAAAGUUUUCAAGGUAGAUUGAGAGUAUUAUCAAGUGCUGAGCUAGGCUCUAGAUGGUGUCCUACACCUAUACACACAGAUGUGUGUAUAGACGUUAUUACUUCAGUAUCGCAAGCAGUAUCUACAGCGUCCAAGAAUUUGCCGGAACCUGUUACUAGUACUCCAGCAUCGUUACCUACUACGUGCUCUGUUACUGUACCAGUUUCCACUGAUGCAACAGUCCCGCUUACUAAUGCAACACAAAGCAACUUUGAUUCAGAGUCUGUGGAUAAAGGUUUGGUGAUGAUAUGCAAUUUGAUUAAAUCCAUACGUUCUUCUCCAUUGAUAUCCAUAUCGACUUAUGAUAAUGCGCUCUAUACGGAGUUCGAUAAAUUGUGGAAAGGACUAAAGCCUGUGAAUUUCCCAACUCUUCUUAACGGAAUUAUAAAACUGAUUAAUAAGAAAGAAUUUGAAACGAUGCCAGUGACUCUCCAUGAAAUAUUUUGUUACACGCCGUCACUACAAAAUGUAUAUACUGAAAUAUCGAGUAGUCAAGUUUGUAAUGUUAAUGAUUUAUGUUGUAACAUAUGCUGUUUAAGUGGAACAGAAAUAGCUACGAAUAAGACGACGGUACAGCAAAACGUACAAUGGAAUUAUUCAUCUUUGGAUACAGGUUUCCAAGAGUCGGUUGCUAGGAACGCUAUGCCGCAACAACGUCCCAUACACUUCAAUCAAACAUCCAUAAAUUCAAAGUCUGUACAAGGUUCAGAAAAGAUUAUUUCGCAGUCACAUAAUGUCCCUCAAAGUGACACACCAAUAAGCAAUGUGAUUGCAUCACAGAGUUCACAGCCUUCAAAGGUAAGGAAGCAAAGGGUAACUGCUCGAUGGAAAACUUCGCAUACGGCCAACCAAAAGUCAGUAUCAAAUAGAAAUGUAGCUCAAAGUAUUCCCAGACAACAGCAAGUACCAAAUCCAUCUGCCAAUGCUAAUGAAGCAAGAAAAUAUAUGUAUAUACCAACGUUGAACGGAUAUGUUAAUUAUCCACACGUCGCACACAAUGUUGGCGUGUCUGAAACGAACACAUUUUACGAUGUAGGCACUACAUCUACAACAAAUUAUCCUACUGCACAAAGUAUGAAUCCAGUUUACACCAUGCAGCCACAAAAUAUUAACUUGCCAUACAACGUACAAUCACAGAAUAUUAACUCGAAAUAUGCAUUUCAGUCACGAAAUAUCAAUUCUACAGAUCAACACUUUCCAAAGACUGUAUCUCAACCGUCAACGUACAAUAUAGUACAUAGGCCACGUCAAAUGCAUGGGGCGCAGCUAUCUCAAAAUACAACGGUAGCUAAUUACCCGCCAACAAAUAUAUUUGGUCCAAACAAUCAACAACCUAUCUUAAGAAAUGUACUACAGAAUGAGCAAAUGUAUCAACAGAUACAAAUGCAACCUCCUCAUCCUCCUCCAUAUCCACAAAAUUUCGCAAAACCUACGACGGUAAGAGGGAAGAAACAAUUGCACUCAAAAGAUCAUGCAAUGAUAACAGGAAACAGCCCACAAGUAUCACUGGUAUCAACAGCGAAAAACUUCAAUAUACUGAAACAUCUUUCUGAUAUUCAAAAAAUAAUACUACUAAAACAAAUAAACUUUUACUUUGGUUGCACUAUAUGGCUGGAACAGGAAUUUACGCAAAUGAAAUGGCAAAAGGUUCAAUCUGAAAGAACAAUGUUACUUAACUUUCACACACUCUUGAAACAUCUUGUAGACAAGAUAUUGCAUGAUCUUUCACAGAACAAGUAUCAGUCGGUGAGUGAAAAGAGUCAAACCAUACGCAAUGUUGAUACUGAUGCUCCGGAAGAGCCGCAAAUUACCGUUGAAGGGAGUGGUGCUCAUUGUAAAGUCGAUGUUUCACACGGGAAAAAAGUACAAAGCAACGCAACCGCUUGUGUACUACAACAAAAUUUAAAUGGUGCAAUAGUGCAAAAUCAGCCGAAUAAAGGACCGGAAAUAGCGGAUACACCAGAAAAUACAGAAUACAGUGGCAAGGCACAAAAAUCAGAAUAUACAGUACGUGAUCAGAAAGAUAAUCAAGGAACUGUUCAAAAGAACACUUGUCCUCGACCUGUAUCAUUAUUAGAAACUGAAACUGUAUUAAAAGAUACUGAAAAUGUAGAAAGUGGAAUAGAAAGAAACUGGCAAGACUCUACGGAAAAACAACACUCGAGUAAACCAGAAAAAGUACCUGAAAAUAGUUCUAAUUCAGUUAAAGAGGAAGCGUUAAAUUUAGUAGAAUCUAAUAAAGACAAGUCGUUGCAGAUGAAUUCUCAUUUAGUUACUGUAUUAAUAUCGCCAGACAGCGAUCAUGUAACCGUUGUGGAUAUUGUUAAGUCUCACGAGGUUACGGAGAACGUAUUCAAAACAAUGGAUACUGAAAUAACAAAAGACAGCGAAUGUUCGCAAAAUGAAAGGUUAAAUUUAUCCGCGGAGGAUUCUAUGUCUGAAACAUUAUCUAAAAAUUCCGAUACUAAUUCUGAAAGCUCUCAAAAUGUAUUUGUUAUUGAAGAGGAAGAAACUUGUUCUACACAGAUCGCGGAUGUCAGGAGUAUUUCACUCAAAACGUUUGAGGAAAUGGGACUAGGUAGUUGUACAUCUACAGUUUUUGAAGAAAAUAUUAUAGAGGAAGAAAUUAAAGUAUGUCUAUGUUGCAGCAAACUCAGCACUGUAGUAUGUUCGCUCUGUUUGGAAGCUAAAUACUGUUCGAAAGAAUGUUCGGAAUUACAUUGGCCAGAACAUUACAAAAUUUGUAAGCUUGUAUGAAGACUGUAUACUUAUCAGAUAACACA